AUGGGGCGAAAAGAGUUUGUACAAGAUGUAAAGAAAUUAAAAGAUUAUAUAAACGGGUUGAACUUGAGAAAUAAUGUAUUGAUAAAAGGCUUUGAUUUUCAAGACCCAGAACUUAAUUUUCAAUUUCAAUACAAGACUCGCAAAUCUUUUACCAUUAAAAUAUAUGUCAUUGAUACUUCUUUGUCGCUAUAUCCGACAAAAUUUAGUGGAGUUAUUUGUGUAGAUGGCGAUAGCGAAACUAACGCUGCUGCCGAUCUCCUACAAAAAGCUAGCAUUGAAAACAAAUCUGUGGGCGAAAUAGUUGCUACUAUUACGCGCUUGCUUUGUGAUCACUUUAAAAUUUAUCUCCCUAAAGAAUUGUCGAUGAAUGCUUUGCGAGAGUUCGGUGGAUCCGCAAAUAACUCUUCUGCUUCUUCCCAUUCUAUUCAAAAGCCGUUGGCCCCUGUCAAAUUGACGCCUGCCAUGUUACUACAAAGGGAUCUCGAUGAAUUGAAACACUGGAAUUAUUUCGGAGAGCUUCUUUGCGCGGAUAAUAUGGGAUAUAAAGUGACAAUCUCAAUGCCCGUUACUCGACUUGGUCUAAGUUUAGAAGCAUGCGAGGCGUGGAAUCUGGAACCAAAUCGAUAUAUCGUGUGCACAAUGCAAUUCACAAAAUCUUAUGUUGAUUUGGAGAAUGAAAUAAAAAAUGCUUCUCGAAUUUAUUCACACGUAUUCAAAGAAAGAGGAGGAGGAUAUCCGGCAUUGAAGGACUUGUUAAAAAAGCAAUAUAAUAUAAGGUACACCGUUUUGACGUCUUCUCAACAAAGAGGAGUUUUUAGUCAGUCACAUCACAAAGACGAUUUUCUGGAAAGUGAUCAUUUUGUGUUGUCGUGGACCUUGACCGAAUUACUACGCAGCAAAUUUUUCGAUAUGUUAUGCGAUUCUAUAUGGUUUGGUGUCAGUUGGGGAGGUGCUGAACAAGCAGAUCUUAUGCGAAAUAAGAAUCAGAUGCAUAAUUAUUUGUAUGAUGGAAUAGUCGACAGGCGUCUUCUCCAUGAUCAAGAGUCGCAUGGACAAUUAUUCUUUUUGGAAGCAGAAAAGAGUGAACAUGCUAGCGCUGCUAAAUAUCAAAAUUUUCUAUUAAUUGUAUUGCGCUUUCUCCGUCGAAGAAUUUUACUCUCUACCAAAUACUGUCUUACUUGUCAUUAUCCACACGGUGAAUCUGUGUCUUCUAUUCGACCAUUUGUUUGUGGGAAUCCAUUGUGCCAACAUCAGUCAUUAGUGGGACUUGGCAAUCUGUUCGAAGCUGUAUUAGUGAAUAGCCCGGUGGUGGUCGAUUUAUUGAUAUCCUUGUGUUAUGUAGCAAUUCAGGGACAAAAUCUGAGUCCAGCUCCGACUAAGGCUAUUGGUGUCACGAUUUCGAGUAAGUUUGAAGGAGAUAAUUCAUUGGCGGUUGAAUGGAGUGACACUACUGGAACUAUUGGAACACCGUCAUUUACUACUGGAUAUGAAGUGUUCGGAUGGAAAGGUUUCGAGAACAAAGUGAAACGAAAUGACUUGCUUGAAGUCUACAAUCCUGACACAAACCAACCAUUUCCUGUGAAUCGAUCAAACACAGCUACUACAGUUCGAGUACUGGAGGUCCAUCCGAAUUAUCUAAUCACAGAUUUCCCUAUAGUUUUCCCGAUUUCUGCUGUUCCCAAUAAACCUGUAUAUUUACCAUUCCGUUUAUUUCGUCGUACGGAAUGUAAUUUCCUUACGGCUGAUGAUCUCCCAAAUUAUACACUGUUGCAAACGGUGAUAGAUCGUUUACCUAGUGUGACUACGAUGGUACAAUAUGCUAAAAAGAAGACACUCAAGGCAGAAUUGGACAAAUUAGAACAUUUAUGUUUCCCUCUUUUGUCUUGGAUUAUCUCCUCGAAUCGAACACAUUUGCGGUUACUUGAAUCUAACGAGGAAAAAGUACAGUUCAAUGAAGGAGCGGCAACAGCAUAUGCGAAUUGGAAGCAAUUUGUGAUGAUUAUGAGUUCUCCGGAGAAAGAACAAGAAUUCCAGCGUGAAAAAGACAGAUUACGGAAAGAAAAACCUGGUCAAAACUUGGGAGAAUUAUAUGCUUUCCAUGGCUCACCUCUAAAUAAUUGGCACUCAAUCAUCCGAACAAGUCUUAAUUGGAAGAGAGUGCUUCAUGGUCGAGCGUACGGUGAUGGUGUUUAUCAUUCACUUCAAGCUGCAACUUCGGCAUCAUACGCUGGAGCACCCUACCAUAAAUAUGAUGUGGGCGUAUGGAAAAAUUCCAUGCUUGUAGUCACAAAAUGUAUGGCUUUAAGUGAAAUUGUUAAUAGACCAACACAAUUUACAAGUACGAGUCCUCAUCUUGUCGUACCCGACGAAUCAUGGAUAACAACACGUUAUCUUUUCGUUGAAUGUCUGCGAAAUCCAUUAGAGCCAACAAGUGAGGGUGAAGAUGAUGAAUGCUCUUUUAUCUACGUACCAAAUGUUAAUACCGGACAAGUCAACUCGAUGCGCCAAUCUUUAAAAAAAACAAUUACGAGUCCUUUCACUUCUUUACGACAAAAUAACAAAGAAAAAAUCCCUGAAUUCAUAAAAUUGGACUCACAAUACGCCCCCGUGUGGUUCAAUAAUCAUCCUUUACAAAUACCAAAACGGGAUUUCUUGAUAAUUGCCAAUGAUUAUCCGAAAGAUAGUUCAAGAGGAAUUGGACCAUUCCAUUAUCAAUUUAAUAGUUCUGUUAGUGUAGGAACAGCAGCUGUGAAUCUCAUCCUUGCAAAUGAACCUGAACUCUCAAAACAACAAUAUGAUCAACACGUUGAAGUUGAUGAUGGUUUUGAUCCAUCAUUAUUACCACUUCCAGCCGAGUCAUCCAAAACAGCGACACAAAGAAUAUGUAAAGAACUGCGUCAAAUAGUACAGAAACAAAGCGAACCCAAUAAUGAUCUUUCAUUUUCAAUAAAUACGGAUAUGCUGCAGUCUAUGUAUCAAUGGGUUAUACAAAUGAAAGAUUUCGAUCUAUCAUUGCCUCUAGCACAAGACAUGAAGAAAUAUAAAGUUAAAACUAUUGAUAUGGAAGUCCGAUUUGCCCCCGAUUAUCCAUUCGUACCUCCGUAUAUUCGGGUAAUUCGCCCAAGAUUGUUAAGAUUCAUGGAAGGAGGGGGUGGACAUGUGACUGCUGGUGGAUCCAUUUGCAUGGAUCUAUUGACACUUGGCAAUAAUACGGAACGUGGUUGGUCUUCAGUAUAUACAAUGGAAUCGGUCUUGCUACAGGAGGCUAUGGAUGCAUAUAUUCGUGUCGCAAAUCAACACGGUUGGAGAAUCCCCCCACAAUGGUCUUCUUUACGCGCAUUUCUUUCAACAAUACCAACAAGACCUCCAUCACCGACAAAGUCUAACAAACCUUCAAUUAAACACAAAACCACACGCACCCGAAAACCUUUUCCAACUCUUGCGACGAAAACACGUUACAUAAUUUAUGGGGCACUUGGUGUUACUGUCUGGAUCGUUGCUGUAGCUGUUGCCUGGAACCACGAGAGACUGUCAACAAGUGCAAUACAAGGAUGUAUGUUUAAUGUGAGAUAUAAUGAAGAAGCACGUGCGGCUUUAGGAGAUACUAUUAAUUUUGCUUCUACUUGGCCUUGGAUUUCCGGAACGGUUAAUCAUUUAAAAGGACGUAUCAACGUUUGGUUUCGGGUAAAGGGCGAAAAAGGUAAAGGAACUGUACACUUUCAUUCUAUUCGUCGUGGUCAUGGACAAAAUUGGCAAGUUGUUGAUUUUUCAUUGACCAUUGAUGAUGGACGCGUCAUUUCUUUGAGUGCGCCCACAAUGGAAAAAUAUAUUAGCAGUGAUGCUUCGAUAACUGCUGGUGGUGCCGGUAAUAAUAAUAAUACUGUUGCUGCUACUUGA